GGAGUAAAAAAAAGCAGGAAAGUCGUGGUUUUGGCAGACAGAUGAUUCGCCGUAUGGAAAAGUGUUCCAUCUUCUCUAUCAGUUUCCUUCCUAUUAAAAGAUGUAAAAGGCAUCAUCAUCGGCAUCUCGGUAUUGUAACAAAGAAGGAAAGGAAGAAAAUGGGAUGGAAGGGCACUAAUUCCUAUCCUCUCUGUCUCUUUCUCUUCUUCGUUUUCUCCGCUGAAGUUCUUGUUUCUGUUAAUGCUCGUCUCCUUCUCCCACCCAAACCAGACCCAGCAGAUGCUGCUGCCACCGCCCGCUGGCUUGCUUCUCAGAACUCUUGGGGCGUCUUGAGUACAAUCUCAAGCGAGUUGGGAGGGGCUCCUUUUGGAAAUGUAGUUUCAUUUAGUGAUGGCUUACCUGGUGAUGGCCGUGGCAUCCCUUACUUCUAUUUGACGACUCUCGAUCCCACUGCAAGAAAUGCAUUGAAGGAUGGAAGAUCUUCAUUUACAUUAAGCGAAUUCUCUCUUGGAUCUUGUGGCAGGAAAGAUCCUGAGAACCCCUCUUGUGCUAAACUUACCCUUACAGGAAAGUUGAAUUUGGUUGUUGCUGAAUCCAAGGAAACAAAAUUUGCAGAACGUGCUCUGUUUACGAAGCAUCCUGAGAUGUUGGAAUGGCCCAAGGGUCACAACUUUCAGAUCUUCAAACUAGAAAUCGAAGAUAUAUUUUUGAUUGACUGGUUUGGUGGACCUAAACCUCUCAGUUUGGCUCAAUACCUAAAUACUACAAUGGUCGAACAUGCGUUGGACUUCUCCGUGUGAUAAAACUUCUAAAAUCCUGUGUUUGUAUAUUACAAACUAUAAAAUGUGUCAUAUCUUUGUUAUGUCCUGCACUCAUAAAUAAGCAUGGUAUUUAUUGUACAUCUCUAUCUCUUGUAACUACUAUUUGCAACAUAUGACAAUUGUUGAUUCUCAUAUAAUUUGUAAUGAAUGAUGAAAUUGUUACUUAAAAUUUUUCUCUUGGGAUGAUUGUCUUUA